AUGCAUCACUUCCAAGAUAGAAGGGACUAUGUACAUGUCUGUAUUUAUAUGGAUGAUGGAUGCCAUUUGCAUAUCCUGACAAACAACCACAAGGGACUGCCUUUUGUGGCCUUGCACGUUCUGAAGUAUAAGUGGCAAUGGCUCAAGGUCAAAUUCAUUGAGCAGAGCCAAUGA